AUGACGGUCGAGACGGAGACCGUGCCUUCCGUCCCGCAAUCCGCACUCAAUGUCGGCGAUCGAUCUGGCGCCGGACGGGGAGAGAACAGCGGUAGCGUGAGGCAAAAGCCUAGCAGUGAGGCCAUUCGACCGAAGAAGGAGCGUAAGAAGACGUCGUCGAAGGCGAGGAGUAUUAAUCAGAGUACCGCCUCAUCCAAAGCCGACAUCUUCGAACAACGCGUCGCCAACGCCGUCGACGAAGCAAACUCCUCCGAUUCCGAAGAAACAUUCGUAUACGAAUCGAACCCUCCCGAACCGCAGCGACGAGCCCGACAUCAUUCGCGAACGCCGAGCGUCACAUCGUCGCACAGCACCGCCGAUGCACAGCGCAGCGCCAUCCGCAACCUCGGCGACAUCAUGGACGAUUCACGGAGGGUAGCAGGCAAACGAAGCAUGAAGUUCUCCAACAAUGCCGUCAAUGACCCCGACAGUCCAGAUGGGAAAGGCGGAUCUGUGCGCUCCCACACGCCGAGACACUUCGGGCGCUUUGGGAGGGGUGGGAGUCAGCAGUCCAUGUUCGAUCCGGACUCUCCAUUCACUCAGGCCUCGAAGCUGCGAUCGGGGCAGCGGAGUUCGAGGCCGAACUCACCGAGGAGUGCGCAGACGGGACUUUUACAGCAGCAGAAGCCGUCCAGCCUGUUUAGCAAGAAACAGGACUCGUCAUUCGACUUCGAUGCAGAGGUUGGCGAUGACGAACGCACCCCUCUCGUCGGGACUGUUCGCGGCCCACGCAGUCCCAAAUUCGGCGCGACGCGAAGAUUCCAACGCAGCCCUUCCAUCGACGAGUACUACGGCGUGCGGCGGCGCGGGCGCUGUGGCCGCUACGGCGGCUGCAUCCUGGCCGUCAUCGUUGUGGUGACUGUGCUCAUUGGGACACUGGGCUUCUUGUUCAUGUCCAACCGACCGCUGUACAACGUUGAGAUUCUACAAAUCACGAACGUGUUGGCUAGUGAGCAGGAGCUGAUGCUCGAUCUGUGGGUGGCGGCAGUAAACCCCAAUGCCCUGGGCAUCACGGUGACGGAGAUGGACAUGAACGUCUUUGCCAGGAGUAAACACGUUGGGUCCGGCUCAUCAUACUCCGACGCAAACUCGGAUCUGUCCCUCGAGCCGCACGUCUAUAAAGGUGGCGUGGACCACGGCACCGACCCACCCGACGACGACGACCUCGAACGCGACGGACAAACGAUGCUCCUCGGCCAAAUCUUCCACCUAGACCAAGCGCUCAAUUUCGAUGCAUCGCCGUUCAAACGCGCCGCGCAGAACUCCUCCGGCGAGUUGCGUCUCGAGCGGCCAGGAAACAAGACGGAAAGUGGGGGCAGCGAGAGGUGGGAGCGCGUGCUGCAGCAUCCUUUCCAGUUGACCGUCAGGGGGCUGAUGAAGUAUCAGUUGCCGAUUAGUAGUCGCUUGCAGACUGUGGCGGUUAGGAGCAGUGUGCUUGUCACUCCCGACGAUCAGGAUGGGAGCUGA